AUGGCUCCGAUCCAUGAAACUAUUCCCGGGACCGAGGUAUACGGUCCGGGCACUUUCAUUGACAAGCAAGUUCUCCCAGUUCCUCAGGAUGCUCGACGAGUAUUUGAGCUCCUUGCUUCGAAGACUCCCGGCUUUACUCAGAACAAAGCAGCAUGGGAUACUGUUCACUUUGAGGGUGGGUCAGAGCCGAUUGUUCAAGGUCCGAUCAAGGCCCCCGUCGUCGCAGCUGCACUGCAUGCCAUGGCCGGUCUGGUGGCUAAUGAGCUUCUGGAGCUUCGAGGCGGGAAGCCAGUGGCCGAUAAUAGUGUUACUGUUGACACUGAUCAUGCGGCAAUCUGGCUCGGUUCUGUCUUCACUGCGUACGUGAACGGUUCUGAUUUGUCGGCGACCAAAGAUCCCCGGGUCUGGUACCAGCUUCAUGGCUCGCUGGAUGCCGAUGCAGCCCUCAGCUCGAUGGGUAUCAAUCCUGAUGUGACCUUUGACACGCGUCAAGAAUACUACGACUAUAUUCAACAGCAUAUUAGCAAGUGGUCGCCGGAUGAACUUGAAAUGCACAAUUUGCGCCAUGGAUUGUGCGGAAGCAUCUGCUACUCUCCAGAUGGGUGGAGGAAGACAGAGAUGGGUAGACGACUGUCCAGACAUCCCUUGGUUAAUGUGACAGCGGAAACCUACGCUCGGCCUACCCCUCAGGUUCCUUUAGUCAAGGGGCUAUCUGAUAAGCGGCCACUGGCAGGCGUCAAAGUGCUGGAGAUGGUGCGUAUCAUAGCAGGGCCGCAGGUCGGAGUCUCGUUAGCAUCCUACGGAGCGGAUGUAAUCCGGGUGAAUUGCAGCAGACUGGUGGAUCUCAAUGUGCUGCAGCUGACACUGAACGCGGGAAAGAGGACUAUUGAUCUCGAUAUCACUCAGCCGGAAGAUAUGAAACGCUUGCAUGAGCUCCUCGAAGAUGUCGACAUUUUCAUCCAAGGGUUCCGUUUUGGGUCACUAGAGCGCAAGGGGCUUGGUCUGCAUAGCAUGCUGGAAUUGGCUGCUAGGAGAAACAAGGGAAUUAUUUACGUUGAUGAGAACUGCUACGGGCCAGACGGCCCCUUCGCCGAGCGUCCUGGCUGGCAGCAAAUCGGAGAUGCUGCGUCGGGAAGUUCGUAUGUCAUGGGUCGAUCGCAGGGGCAUGAAGACGGAAAGAGCGUACUACCACCGCUGCCAGUAUCCGAUAUGACCACUGGUAUCAUUGGCGCCCUUGGUGCGAUGAUUGCGCUGAAGAGAAGAACGGUAGAAGGAGGCUCAUACCAUGUCACUAGUUCUCUGGUUGCUGCAGAUGCUAUUGCACUGGAGAAGGAGAUAGGGUUGUACCCGCCUGAGGUGGUUCGGGACACUAACUCGCGAUGUGGAUUCAAGGAGAUUACGCCUGAUCAAUAUGUGACUGAGAUUUUGGUGCCGGUCAUUGAUGGUUGGAAGAAAGCGCUCCCUCAUUGUCUGGAUGAAAACUCAAAGUUCAUGACGACAUUUGACGAACCAGGGCCAUGGGGUCGUCUGUCAAUCUUGAAACCAGUUGCAAAGUUGGGUGUGGAGGAGUCAACGCCACAAUGGACUUCCCCCCCUGUACCUAACUGCCAUCACGACAAAACUAUCAGUUGGCUUUGA